GAAUACCUGGACCAGCGCGGUGCGCACGCGGAGCCCACCGACAUCCUGCGACUACUGAGGGAAAUGCACGAAGCCCAAUAUGACGACUGCGAAGAUGACGACAGUGAAGAUUGUGAGGAAAUGGACAUGAACGAGGACGUGCCCAUCCACUGUGACGCCGACGGCAAGCACCGAGACUUACCUCCACUCAAACCCCGGCACCCCGCAAGCAAGAUCCUCAGUCGCGGGAAUCUGCACCUCGACAACCCAGCAACUCAAGUGGAAUCAGUGUCGUUCCACUGUCACCAGACAGGCAAGCGGCGCAGGGCCGUCUUCCCGGCCCCACCUCAAGCGCAGAAGCGGAGAAGAAGCACCAAAGACCCCGAGAAGACAAGCAUCCCGGUCUAUGCCUACUACGACGACGAAGCCUGUGUCGAACUACUCCUGGACUGGAAUCUUACCCUGGCCGAGGCAAUGCAGACAGCCGAGGAUCCAGGCUGUGGCGAGAAGCGCUGGCGCACAACGCACAUCUCGGUCGAGCUCUCCAGCCACCAGUGA